AUGGAUCUUGGAACGAUAAAAAAGAAAUUGGAAGCGAAGCAGUACGGGAAUGCAGAAGAAUUUGCUGAAGACAUCAGGCUGGUCUGUGAUAAUUGCUUCAAGUACAAUCCCACAACAGAUAUCAUCCAUCAGCAUGGCCGAGCUCUCCUGCAAGCAUUCAAUAAACGGUGGGUGAAUUUACCCGUGGACAGAAAAGUAAUACGCGUUAUGACCAACCCAGAUAUAGCUACUGAGACUGUCGAAAGUGGAGCUCCUGGAAGAAAAGCUAUCAACAAUCACGAAAUAUGUCAGAUCACACCUAAUGAGGAUAAAGGAGUUAGUGGAUCAAGCUGCACCACAGGACGUGAUCUUCAAAGAAAUAGAACUAGUAGAGGAACUUUUCAACCAAUCAUCUCCGCUAACCGUUCCUCAGUACCAGCCGGUCAGCAUAAUGGUUCACAAAGCAUCUGCGACCGCAUCAGUCGUCAAUGA